UAUGCAAAUGAAUGCAGUCAAAGGCUUUAUGACAGAUCCAGAGCGAAACGGAGACAACAACGUUUGUCACAAUGAAACUUUCAUAGAUGCAUCAGAGAGUUGUAGAAGUGCAGUAAAUACACACCAGGACGAAACCUACCCACCGUUUACCGUUUUUAGGGAGGUCUGGACAAGCCCCGGCUGGAGCUUUCUUUUAAUACGAUGUGUGUAGCGCAGAUCUAAUGGCUAACAAAUCUGCAACUCUUCACACAGAUGAUCGGAGCUUCCUUACAUGGAUUCACUUCAAGAGACCUACAAGUACCUUUUGAAAACCUCUGAAAACAUUAAUCUGGGAAACAACUGCCAUUUGAUUUGGACGAUAAGCACAAAUAAAAGCAUCAACCGUAAUGCUGGACAACGCAAAGACUUUCAUCGAAGUGGGUGUGGCCAAGCUCGAGAACGUCCCCGAACCCCUGAAACCUCGCAUGUCGUGCAGGGAUGAGAACCGUCUCAGCAACUCUCACAAUCUGAAUGAGGAAAGCCCCACAAACGCACAUAGCAAAAGCACUUCUCAAAACAUCUCAGAAUGGACCGAACCUGACGUCGCUGACAGGAGAGUCAGUUUGGCAACCAUAUCUGAGACCUCCAGGACUUCCAAUGCCACCGUUGAGUUUUCUCAUAGCUCUCAGCAGUUCCUAGUGGCUUCUCCAGACGAUGAACCCCACAGAUCCCGGCGGAAGUGCUGCGGAGACGUGUGCUGCUGUUUCCACGCGGUGCGGAUGGUGUUUCUGCGCUGUCUGGAGGAGACGCCGCUCAUGGUGUCUGGUCUAGUGCUGGCUAUUCUCUUCUGCGUGACCAUCAUCAUCAUCAUCCCCUCCACCGGCAGGAGCCUCAGCGCUCAUGUGGCGGCGUUCGCAGUGGUGUGUGUGGUGGUGUGUGUCUGCGUGUCUCUUCUGGUGUGUCUGCCGUGUUUGCCAGUGGUUCGGCGGGGAGAAACGCCACUCGCGCUCUUCAUCUGGUCUCUGCUCUUCAUCGUGGCCUUCGUGUUCAUCUUCACCGGAGGCGUCGUCACCGCCUGGGAGCAGGUCGCGUUCUUCCUCUUACUGUCAUUGUCCGUUUAUACGGUUCUUCCUCUCCGGCUCUCAUGGGCUCUGAGCUUUGGCAUCGGAGCGAGUGUUUGUCACAUCGUCGUCAUCAGUGCAUAUGUGUCCGUCACCAGCCCAGAGACACGUGAUCUCGCCGUGCAGUUGGUGGCGAAUGCAGUGCUGUUCAUGUGUGUCAACUGUGUGGGCGUGUUUCACCUGUGGCACACUGAGCACGCUCACAGAAAGUCCAGCAGGAAACGAGAAGAUUUCAGCAAAAACCGUUCCACGCAGGCCAAACAGAAACGCGAUCAGGAGCAUCUCCUGCUGUCGGUCCUGCCUCGAUACAUCGCCAUGGAGCUGAAGACCGAAAUCGUCAAGCGUCUGUCUGCUAAAUGUUCCGCCGAGGAGAAUCGACCCAAUUUCCACAGUCUUUACAUCCGACAGCACAAAGACGUCAGUAUCCUGUAUGCCGACAUCGUGGGCUUCACGCACCUGUCCAGCACCUGCACACCUGAGGAGCUCGUCGCCGUUCUCAAUAAACUCUUCGGCAGGUUCGACGACAUCGCCAAGAAGAAUGACUGUUUGCGUAUUAAAAUCCUGGGCGACUGUUAUUACUGUGUGUCGGGUCUUCCUGACGCGAUCCCUCAUCACGCGCGCAACUGCGUUCAGAUGGGCCUGGACAUGUGCACCGCCAUAAAUAAGCUGAGGGAGGCGACGGACGUGAACAUCAACAUGCGUGUCGGCGUGCACACGGGUAACGUCCUGUGCGGCGUGAUCGGCCUUCAGAAGUGGCAGUAUGACGUCUGGUCAGAUGACGUGACUCUAGCCAAUCAAAUGGAGUCUGGAGGAGUGCCUGGGAGAGUCCACAUCACUGAGGAGACGCUGGGUCAUCUGGGUGGGAAAUACCAGGUAGAGGAUGGAGACGGCGGAAGCCGGAAUUCCAGUUUGAAGGGAAGGAGGACAUUCCUGGUCAUUGAUCCUAAUACAGAACAGUGGAGUAAAACACCAGAGACUAAUGAGCUGAAGGUGAACAACAGACUGACAGACCGGCACAAGCUCCGGGCGUCGGUGCGGAUGUCGCAGUACCUGCAGUCCUGGAAAACUGUCAAACCCUUUUAUGGACUCAACCAACCAGAGGCCUCGCUCGCAGCUCCGCCCACUGCUGACAGCGGCAUCAACCAACCACAGCCAGCUAGAGAUCUCUCGGAGGUGAACACUCACAGAUCAUCACAAGUUCUGGAAAAUGGACUGACAGACUCAUUAGACCCUCUGGAAAACGAAAGGAGAAGAGCGAAGCUGAACUGGGUGACGUUAUUCUUUAAUAAUAUUCAGCUGGAGAAAGAGUAUUCGUUGAGUGAAGUCCAGGGCCUUCAUCACUCUGUCGGAUGUUUGGCCUUCAUCUUCAUCUCUGUGUUUGUGGUUCAGAUGUUGACCUCGCAAAAAAACUUUGCGCUUGCGGUGUCGUAUGGUGCCACUUUCCCUGUGCAAAUACUGAUUGUGCUGGUGGUCCUCACUAGAUUCCUGAAGCGCUGGAGCUCAAAGUUUCCCCCCAGCAUUCGUUGGGUGCCGUCGCUGUUUGAAAGUGUGGCCACCAGGGCGGCGCUGCGGCUGCUGCUGGUGAUUCUGUGUCUGCUCAUCACACUGCUCAUGGCAGUGCUGAACAUAGUUUUUAUACCAGGCGAUAACUGCUUAAAUGUUUCCCACAAUGCAACCGAAUUGAACAAUCUCAAUCUCUACACUGUCCCGUACUAUCUGUAUUGCUGUCUGUUGGCGAUGCUGGGCGUGAUUGUGUUCGUGCGCGUGUGCGUGUCUGUUAAAGUCUUCCUCUUGACGCUGGCGGUGGUGGUUUAUCUGGCGCUCUUCCUGCACGUAUAUGCGCCACGAUCCGACUGCUAUGUCAAACAGCUCUACAGUGGCAACAGCACACCGGGUGUUCUUAAGGAGCCCAAGAUCAUGUCUGGAAUUUGGCUGGUCAUUUUCUAUUUGACUUCCCUUAUUCUUGUGCGACAGGAUGAGUUGGGCUCUCGGACAGAGUUCCUGCUAGAGAAAUGUUUCAAAAAAGAGACGGAGGAAAUGGAGACGACCAAGAAUGUCAACAAACUCCUCCUGCAGAAUCUGCUGCCCGGACACGUCACAGACUUUUUCAUCGGCAAAGACGUCCCAAACCAGGACUUGUACAGUAAGUCGUGUGAGUGUGUGUGCGUCAUAUUUGCAUCCGUGCCGCAGUUCUACAAAGAGUUUUACAACGAGAGCAGUGUCAACAACAACGGACUGGAGUGUCUUCGCUUCCUGAACGAGAUCAUUUCAGACUUUGACGAGCUCCUUAACAAGCCAAAAUUCAGUGCGGUUGAGAAGAUCAAGACCAUCGGCAGCACCUACAUGGCGGCUGCCGGACUGACCAAUCCUGCGAAAACAGAGGAACAACUAGCCUGUGACAGGUCAUACAGUCACAUCCGCUGCAUGCUGGACUUCGCCAUCGCUCUGAUGGGCAGGCUGGAAAACAUCAACAUGCACUCAUUCAACAGCUUCAAACUGAGGAUCGGGAUAAACCACGGCCCCGUGAUCGCAGGCGUCAUCGGCGCUCACAAACCGCAGUAUGACAUCUGGGGAAACACGGUUAAUGUGGCCAGCAGGAUGGACAGCACUGGAGUCCUGGACAAAAUACAGGUGACGGAGGAAACGGCACAGGUGGCUCAAAUGCUGGGCUAUAGUGUCACUCAGAGAGGAGUGGUCAACGUUAAGGGCAAAGGUCAACUUACCACCUUCUUCAUUGACACAGAGCAAAUGCUGAAGUCCUGAUAACACUGAUCACUGCAACCAAACGCUUGAAACGUGAAUCUGACACGUUACAACAAAGUGCCGUCAGAUUGAGUUGAAACACUGUGAAUGUUAGUGGUGGCCCUACAUGAACUGAUCAGCACUU